CCUUCCUUGCAGAACAGAUUCCAUCUAUGUAUCGUUAUACUCUACGGAUGCAUCUGCUCCCACCACGUCGUCCCGGCGCACUGGUCCCUUUAAAAUUUGAAUCGCUGUCGGUUACAAAGUCCACCGUAACCGCAACGACGAGAGGUAUUCGCGCAUUGGUGCGCGCGAGUGUCGCAAGCGCGUGUCUGUGUUGGACGAUUUCACCGAAAUUGCUUGGAAUUCGUGCGACAAGUGGCGACCUGUUGAGCGUCGCGCUGGACCCGGGAGAGUCGGGAACGAGGAUCGGCGACAGGAGAGCAUAUCUGCGAGGACCUUGGAUGUGAAGCGAUACGAUGUCAGACACCAGCGGGGACAACGCCAAGUACAAGUGGACGCCCGAGAGUUCCGCGCUGCUCGUCUCGGUGUGGUCCGAUCGGCAGGUGCAGAAGCAACUAGAAUAUGCGCCUCGGCCGCAGAUGAUUUGGGAAAGCGUGGCGCGUUAUAUGACGAAGAAGGGCUACAACGUCACUGGCAAGCAAUGUCGAUCGCGUAUGAAGCAAGUUCUUGUUUGUUAUCGUGAGGCCAAGCGAGCGGGAACUCGUGCUGGUGUGGAACAGUACUAUGAGACCAUUGAUCGGGUGCUGAAGAAUAAGCGAUUGGAUCAUGCCAAUGUCAAUGUUGGCGUGGACACAGUAGAUGCAACUGCCAAUUAUGUGAAAUCACCUCCAAAGGAUGUGAAGACCAAUAAGAAUCUGCAGAUGAGAUUAAAAGUUCAGGAACCUGUGCAAUCUCUUUUUCGAACAGAGGCUCUGUCCCCUACAUGGACAAUAGGAUAUGAAAAUGAGUAUCCAGAUUCACCUGAAUCGAAUGAGACUAUAAUAGCCAAACCAUAUAGAGUGUUCUCCCCUACGAGAGAUGUUGCUAUAAAUACUGGCGAGCGUUUUAUUCAAAUUGGCAAUCGAGCUGUACAAACAAAUCCGGUGGAGAAACCGAUGCGACAGGACUAUCGGCCAAACUUAUUAGCUUCUUAUCCAUGUGGAGAGAUCCCUUAUCAGAACACGGUACAAAAUGUACAGAAUCAAAUUAUUCAAGAAAACAUGCAGCAAUAUCAAAAUAUUCAACAACAAAAUUGUGUUGCGUGGAAUCAAUUACCACAACAGAAUGUACCAGCGAACAAUCAAUUCGGAUAUCAACAGAAUGUGAACCAACAAUGCUUGCCGAAUGGAAUGACGCAGAGUAACGUAAUGCAAAAUUUUAAUGCAGAGAAUAUUGCGCGCCAUCAAAAUCAGCUGCAACAAGGGACAUUGUAUGCGGAUAAUCGGGCGAUGCCGCAAGAACCUUGUAAGGUCAUUUAUGGACAGAAUUUGACUACGGCUUACAAACAAUAUCACGAUACUCGUCUGACUUGCACGGCGAAUGUCAUGAAGCAAAACGGAUCGCCGGACUAUUCACCGGAUGUAUCGCAGAAUUUGAAUGAUGCUUUCUGCCUGUCGAAGAGUGAUAACAAGACGCAUAAUUUGAACGAGACGUUUAGUCGACCCGCUAAUCUGGAUCCCAAUCCGGACGCGACUGUCGUGACGAAUAACGCGACCUGCAACGACGACAGUAUGCUGUUGGAAUUUUUAGUGGACUCGCCCGUUCCAUCGGAGGGUGGUGGAAAGUCGCGGGAUAGCGCCGUGAAUACCGAUGAAAUGCCGAGUGUACCGUUCAGAAAGAAAAAGGCGCAAAAACUGGAACAGCUCGUACUCAACGCGAUUAAUUCUCAAAAUGAAGUUGUCAAUAAAAUCUUAGCCGUGCAGAACGACAUGGUGACACGAUUUCUCGAUGUGGACAGAGAUCGGCAAAACAGACUCGAGAACAGAUUGGAUCAUUUACUGAACGUCGUCCAUGCUACGGUACUUAAUAAAAGCGAGAACUCCUCGCCGGAACCUGUGAUUACCUCUUUACAUCCGCCACCGAAGCCCGGAAUGGUUCCGCCGAAGUUGGAUUUAGUUCCGCCAAAGCCUUGUCGCGUUCCUUGCACAAUGCCGAGUUCGAAUAUCGAGCUGGUUAAUCAGAAUCCUAUUCUGACUAGACCCGGUGUAGUAUCGCCAAUCACCAGUCCGGCGAGCAAAAAACUCGGCACGAUAUGGUCAAAAUUGGGUCCGGUAUCUACGUCGCCGUUUGUGAAAGCUCAGCAACGACUUGGUCUUCAGUCUAUCUAUAAUAAUGAUGUUCGUACGCAAUCGUCAGCGGAAAGACGAAUUGCUAGAGAAACGGGACUGUAUAUGAACACGCGAAAUUUGAUAUACGAGACAACCAAGUUGUUGGAGAUGGAACGCGAACUCGAGGCGAGAAUAGAAAACGCGCGAUUAGAAAUGAAUAUGGGUCAGAUCUUGAGUUCACGCAGGAAGCUGUUCACGCAGCGAGAACCCACUCCCAUUAUGAUACUUACUGCGACUUUCUUAGACUCGGAGUGUCGCGUCUACGAACAAGAUCCGCCUUAUUACGGCAUCUGGGAAUCGCGGAAGAAGAUCCUGAAAUACACGCAGGAUAAUCUCCUGGCUGGACAGGGCGAGUGUAUUCGUCAGUUUAAUGCGGCAACUCGACGCGAUUAUCCGAUCUGCGAACCAUGCGACACAUCGACUCCGGCGAAAUUGCCGUUCAAUGAUAUCCAUCCUAUCAAUAAUGAAGCUGCAACCUCAAAACAGACUAUCCAACAAUUGGCGCGACUCGUGAUGAAUAGUGCGAGAUGGCGAGAUUCCGCUUCACAGAAUCAGCAGCAUAAUACGGUCCGUCCAGCAGCUGCCACUCGACCGAUGAGCCAAAAUGCUGACGACAUUGAGUACAACGAGACUUUUACCGCUCCGAAAGCGACUGCACCUCCGCCAGUUCCUGAAGAACGAAGAUUCAAGAGUUAUAAUAUGCAACAGAAACAAGGCAGUCAUAAUGAAGUGAUAUCUGACGUCAGGCCCCUGAAAAAUGAUUACGGUGGUCAACCCAAGUUUCCAAUAGGCUUUACCACCACUAUGUUAAACGUUAAUGAUCAGAAAGGCGCUACUUUACCAAGACAGACGAACGGCAGAGCGGUUAAAUCAUUAGGAUUCGGUGAGAAUCCAGUGAAUGAUCGCAAGAACAAUGUUCGCUUUAUGGACGAGGCGCUGGCCGAGUUACAACGAAUGUACAUUGAACGCCAGGCCGCUCAAAAAUCUGAAAUACUGUUGCCCUUCAUGAUGGGCGACAGUAAUGGUGCGAUGAGCCUGCAGAAUCUCAAUAUGAUAGAGCGUUACGUGAGCGACCUGAAGAAGCCGAAGGACAAGGACACAGACUCGGACAACGAUGAUGAAUUUCUCGACACUACUACUAGCAUGCAUCCAGCAUGCGUAGCACGUAGAGGCUCAUUGACAUCGAACGGCACAGCAUCCACGGCCAACUCGUUGAAGUUCGGCAAAACGGCGGCUAACUGCGUAAUAAGUUAAGCGGCGAGAGAAUCUUAUAUAUUUUAUACUUUCUCAUUUUUUAACUUGUGCGACUCAUGUCUUCCUAACAAUUGCUCAACUGUGCGUUAGUUCCUCAUCACUUGUUAUUUCAUAAAACACAUUAUUUUUCUAUCAGUGUUAUAGUCUGAUCAUGGAACAAGUAAUCUCUUUAUACAAUUUUAUAGAGAUCAAAGUUUAAGUUAGAGCGAUCUAAUAUUUAAGUUAAGCUAAAUGGUUCUCAUUAAUCCUUAAAUAUUUGCAUAUAGAAAGUUAUACAAGUAAAAUUUAUAUUAGUGAUAUUAAUUAUCUUUUCUCAAGCAGAUUUAAUAUUACAUUUUUCAAAUUAAAAAAAUUUAAUAAUACAAGCAAAAACAAGUUCGCCUCUUUCAUAUUUCUUUUUUAAUUAAAGAAGAGGAAAAAAAGAAAAAAUUACUUUGAAAAAUAACGAAUACUUAAGAAUUAAUGUAUAUCUUAUUAAUAUGGCAUUUUUAAUCACUAAUUGCAAUAUUAAUGCAAUUUGAUUAUAUUAUUACUUCAUAGAAUAAUACACAUUCCAUAGAAACAUAUUACACAUAUUGAAUACAUAUACACAUUUUAAAUCAAGCAUACAGUGCAAUGAUAUCUGUUGAGACAUCUUUAUUAAUUGUUUUCAUCGUUAAGAUCUUGUUAUAUUACUUAUGCUAGAUAGCUCGUGCAUCUAUUUUCAUAUAGUAUGCAUAAUAAUGUGCAAAUUUUUUAUCGAUUAUAAUUUCUAUAAUUAAGUAUCGCGCAAGAUUCGAAAGAGAAAACUAUUAUUUUCUCGUAUCCUUAGAAUAGAAGAAUAUUUUUUAUGGGAGCAAUCUUUUACACUAUGACCAAUGAAUUUAUAUACACAAUUUUCUUAUUCUGCGAAUUUAUCUUAUAUGCGCAUUUAUUAGAAAAUUAUAUAUAACAGACAAAAAAAUGUUUAUCGCUUUUUAGUGCCAAAUUUGUGAUGUACAAUACAAAUUUAAUUUGUAAACAAGUGCCUUAUUGCUAAUAAAGGAAAUUAAAUUCGAUUUAUACUAAUUAACUCUCUUCUGAAAUUUCGAAAAAAAUAUAUUUAUACAUAUUAAAUCGUCAAGAAAACAGUCUCAAAGAAUCUGUAUAUACAUAUAAAAUAUUUUUCGUAUAUCUGACGAGAUGAUAUUAUA